AUGAGACGUAUGGGCUGGACCAACUAUAACCUUGGCGAUCUCAACAGCUGCCUUGCCAGAUUCGAAAUCAACAACCCAGCCAGAAUCCGCCACUUCAUUUCCCAGUGCUCCCACGAGUCAGGCAAUGGCCGCUGGACACGCGAAAUCGCUAACGGUUGGGCAUAUGAAGGCCGCCGCGAUCUCGGCAACACACAGCCAGGCGAUGGCCCACGUUUCAAGGGCGCUGGCUACCUCCAGUUGACAGGCCGUGCUAACUACCAGAACUUCGCUAACUACAUUCAGGACCAGGGUGUCAUGCAGGGCGUUGACUACGUCGCUGACCGCUACCCAUGGACAUGCAGUGGCUACUGGUGGAUGCGCAACGGAAUGAACGGUCUCUGCGAUAGCGGUGCUAGUGUCGAACAGGUCACACGCCGUGUUAACGGAGGCUACAACGACCUUGAAGAUCGCCGCGCCAAGUACAACCUCGCUUGCACCAUCUUCUAA